CUUUCUCUCUCCGCCCCAGCGCCAACUAAACCAGCAAGAUUUCGCCCGCCAGGAGACCGGGCGAGAGAUCCCAGCCCGACUUCCACCUCGGCCGUAAGUCGCUGGUGGCGGCGGCAGUCGGGGUGGCGAUGGUGUUGAUCCUGGUCAUUGUCAUCCCGGUGCUGGUCAGCUGGCUGGGUACGGCUGCCCACUACCAGAUGCUGGGCACCUGCCGCAUGGUGUGCGAGCCCUACCUGGGCAGUAGCCCAAGCAUCAGCCCCGGUCUCGAAGCGCUGAGCGAGCAACAGCACCUGGCGCCUCCCUCUACCCUGCUCCAGGGAGCUCCGGGUAAACCGGGACGUCCCGGCAAACCAGGGGCGCCGGGGCCGCCAGGAGAGCCGGGACCCCCGGGCCCGAGGGGGCCAGCGGGGGAGAAGGGGGAGGCGGGAAAGCCGGGACUACCCGGUGUCCCCGGGGCCGGUCCGGAUGCUAUCAGCGCCGCCACCUACAGCACCGUGCCCCGGGUGGCGUUCUAUGCCGGCCUGAAAAACCCGCACGAGGGAUACGAGAUCCUCAAGUUCGACGAUGUGGUGACCAACCUGGGCAAUCACUACGACGGCUCCAGUGGCAAGUUCACCUGCUCCAUCCCCGGCACCUACUUCUUCACCUACCACGUCCUAAUGCGAGGCGGCGACGGCACCAGCAUGUGGGCAGAUCUCUGCAAGAACGGACAGGUCGUCCCUGGGAAUCGAGAUAUCCUGUUCCCACUCUGAUUCUGUGGGUUGUAAGGAGGAAGUGUGGUGUGAAGUCGGAGCGCCCUGCAUCACUUCCACUGGGUUCGCUGUCUUCCCGGACGCCCCCACCCCAUGGUCACCAGCCACAGAUCCCCACACGUCACCGAAGCUGUAACAAAUUACUUAAGGAGACUUUGAGACGAACCUGAAUUAUUUUCUCUGUCCUCUGAAGUGUAAAUCGAACCUCAGUGUUGGGCUGGGAGUGGAAACUGGUUCACCAGUGAUUUAGGGGGAGUUUGUGUGAACAGUUGGUUCAUUUAGAACUUGACCUGUUUGUAAUCCACGUUUACUGUCAAUUUAUCCAUUUUCUCAAGCGGAGGAUGAAUCAUGCUGCCAUCCAGACUACAAGCUUGGUGCUGGUUUGGGGUUAAUUUUCGAACACUCUUUCAUCAGUCGUCAAAGCUUGCAAUGGUGCGCCUGGGGUGCUGGUAGAUUUCAUUCUCCCUAUGUAUCCUUGCCCGAGCUGUUGAGUUCUCGAGAUUUUCCAGGUCCUUUAUUGUCAGCCAGCAGCGUUGUGAAAUGAGGGCAGGUUGAUACAAGGUGUCCGUUUGGCAAAUGUUGGGUGCAAGGCCAGUCUCUUGCCUGCUUCAGCUGACGAGUUCACAAUCAGUUGGAGCUCGGGCUCCGAACGUGAGGCAAACGCAAAUGUGAAUUGUGUGCUAUACUGAGUGGCCGAGUUUGGACUGGCCGGCGCUUUGUAGCACACGUGAAGGAGGUUUACAUCAGAUCCAAUAUAGCAGGAGGUUGUUGGGUGUGAGCUGCAAUAUUGAAGCAGGAAUGGCUAUGGAAAUGUGUGCAGCGACGAACCAGCCUUGCUCGAGUCCAUUCGAGUCCAUUUAACCAAUUUCCCCCGGGAUCAAUAAAGUAUGACUAUGACUAUGACUAUGCAUUUGAACAAACACACACUGUAGUGCAGGUAUGGUCAGAGUCUGUCCUGCUGGAACGGGUUGAUAUAACAGCUCCCGUCCAGUUAUCCUUUCCAUAUGAUCCAACCCGCCUCUAAUAUUAUGCGUUAUACAUUCCGACAGCAGAAGCAAUGGCUGGCCAACAGAAACGAGCAGGAAAGAAAGGGGAUAUUAAAAGGGCAUAUUCAAAACCCGGACUCCAGCAACGACCAUGGAUUUAAUAUGUGUGUUGCUUGAAAUUCCAGCAUCUGCAGAUUUCCUCGUGUUUGCGAGGAAAGAAAGGGGCCUCGGUAUCAUUUGCAGCAGCUAGGAUCCGGAGGGCAACAGAAGCAACUGGAAGCGGGAGGCAGGAAGACUGGGCCGAGACUAACAUGAAAACUGGUGCUGAAUACCUUUCCUUUUUGCUGCAGCUCCGCUGAAUGGUUUUUUUUUUAAGUGCAUAUUCUGCGAAUCUGAAACUACAACAGAAAAUGCGGAAAACAUUCAGCUACACGAGGAAAUCUGCAGAUGCUGGAAAUUCAAGCAACACACAUAAAAGUUGCUGGUGAACGCAGCAGGCCAGGCAGCACCUCUAGGAAGAGGUACAGUCGACGUUUCGGGCCGAGACCCUUCGUCAGUCCUGCUGCGUUCCGCCAGCAUUUUGAGUGUGUUGCUUGAAACAUCCAGCAAGGUCAGUCCGCAACUGUGGCAAGACCAAUAGUUAAUGUUUCAGGUCAAUCGGCAUUUUCUAUUUAUGCUGCUUGGUUUAAACGAUUUAUUUUCCUUUUUUGUUCGCAGAAAUCCAUGUGCCAGUGAACGACUCCUCUCCUGACUAAUUACCCGGGGGGGGGGGGGCUGAGCUUUCUGACACUGUUGCCGACCUGGCGUUCUGCAUGCAGCCGUUGUCCCUUAAAUUGUGCGGCCAGAGUCUUUUUUAACUGGCCAGGGCCUGUACCAUGUGGGAAUUACAGGAUUUUUACAGAGAACAUUUCCUUGGGAAUGUUCCAAAAGUUAUUGUAGUGCUUGCAGAUUCUGGCGACGCCACGCCUUCACACCGCAGAUUAGCCCUGCACAAAUGAGGCAUUCUCACACAUUUUUGGGUAAUUCGCAGAUUAGACCAUUUCUUUCGUUCGGGACAAAGUACCUCACUUUAGUUCAAUUCGGGGCCCGUGGCUCUGUGUAUCAAAGAUUAGUCCAUGUUGAAAGUUCCUUCAGUUCCUCUUACGGGAGAGCAGCUUGUUUCAUUAUAUCAUGUAUGUGGGCAUUGGGCAAAACCAUCAUUUAUUACUGAAGUACAGGGAUCGAUGAGCUGCCUCUGGAAGCAGAGUCCUGCUGAAGGCACUCACAGGAGCUAGUAGUUAAGGGUUAUGAGUAUUCAUUACGUGUAAAUACAGUUUGCACCAAUUAGGCUGCUUUGUCACACGUGUUGGAUUUUGCAAAAGUUAGUUCAGUUCAUGGCGCAUUAAUUCCAAACUUCACAUUCACUUCCGAUUCCCACAAAUUAACCAGCUUCUGCCCGCUACAAAUCAGGGAUCUCUCCAGGUUCUCCGAGAAGAGUUCACCCCUCAGGCCCCCUGCAGUCCGCUAAGGGCUGACCCAGUUCUUCCACACGUGUGAUCUAUCUUCUUCAGUUUCUCCAAAUUAGUUCAGUGCAUCACAAGUUAAUUAUUUCUCUUUCAUCUUGCUUUCUUCCACACGCGUUAGUCCAGCUUCUUGCAGCUUAUUCCAUUUCUUGAUACUUUGAUCCAGCUCAUCCACACACAUAAAUUGGGGACCUGCAACAUUUGUCAACUUCAUACAUUAGCUGAUCUUCUCCCUAUUCCAUUCGGAUUCUCUGUCUUGUCCUGAUCCAGUUUAUUGCACAUCAUUUCCCCUGCUCUCCUCCUUCAACAGCCUUCCCCCCCCCCCCCGCAAGUCCACCUCCUCAAAAUUAUUAGUCGUGUUCCUCAAACAUUCGUACAUGUCUUCCCCUGUUAGUCACAGUACAUGUCCUCAUACAUUGUAUUGCCUCACAGUUAGCUCCUCACACUGUUGGGAAGCUAAGUUUGAAGCAGAGACAUCAUUAGCUAAGCAAAGUAAUAUCACUGAAGACUAUAACACUAGAGUGGAACAAAGCUACAGAAGUAGAUGAUCUCCAUCCUAGGCCUUGAAAGGAAUUGGGUGAAGACAUCACUGAUCUGGAAAUAUCAUCAUGCAAAGUUUGAUGCAUGAACCUUUGCUUAGCAGUGAGGAAUUUCAUGAACUACUCCUCUACUUCAGCAAGUUGCAAAAGAGAAAUCAUAGCCGAUGUUGGGAAGUUACCUCCAUUGAUUAGGGUUGGACAUGGAUGUUGCACCCUAGGUGUCUAUGCAAGCCAGGGCAGUACAGUGGAGAGAAGCUGUUGCCCAUGGAGCAGGCCUCCCCCUCGCCACACAGCCAAAUGAAUGGCAGAGACCGAUACAGCUUGGCACCAGCAGUGUCGCAGGAGUUGCCCGUCAGCAUUGCUCUUAACAAAGGACUGUCUUAGUGACUCCAGCUCCAGAAUUUUCCUUGUGGUUUACUCCCAAAGCUUUCCCCAUGAGUGGGUGUAGCCACAAGGCAGCAGAGGUUUGAAAUAAGAGUUUUUCUUCUCCUAGAUGAGCUGCCAACCAUGGCUGACAAGCCACAUAGUCAUAGUCGUACUUUAUUGAUCCCGGGGGAAAUUGGUUUUCGUUACAGUUGCACCAUCAAUAAUAAAUAGUAAUAAAACCAUAAAUAAUUAAAUAGUAAUUUGUAAAUUAUGCCAGGAAGUAAGUCCAGGACCAGCCUAUUGGCUCAGGGUGUCUGACCCUCCAAGGGAGGAGUUGUAAAGUUUGAUGGCCACAGGCAGGAAUGACUUCCUAUGACGCUCUGUGCUGCAUCUCGGUGGAAUCUGCCCCAAGUGACUGGUUUUAAGGUGCCAUUAACCCACUUUUGAGCCUUCACCUGUCAGUAGAAAUGGUUCCACUGGACUUAGCAACUAAGCCACAUGUGAAGGCCAGGAGCUGGACUUGGCUGUCAGAGGCUAUUUGAUAUGCAUGCCAUUGGAAACAUUUAAUAUAUAAUGGGAGCUUAUCCACACUACUCACCCACUCCUCACCCCUCCUCGGUUAUGAGAACCAUAAGGAACCAGGGAAGUUCCCAAAACCCAUGAUUAAGCACAGAGAGUCUGAACAUCUUGACAUUUUCAGAUGAUGGAUUGGAAAGAUCCAGGGUACAGAUGGUAAAGAGCAGGUCGUACAUCACAAGCCAGACUGAGUUAUUUGCAGAGGUGUUGGAUAUUGGGGAAGGUAACACUUAUGGAUAUUAAUCAUAUGAACUUUGGAAAAAAUUACUUCCAACUAUUUGCUAAAAUUAAAGCCCAUGAUAUUGAAGGCAAGUUAUUGAUGGCUAGGAAAUGGGAAUUGAAAGAAACUGAGAGAAACGUUUAGUUAUUUUCUAAUUGGUGGGAUGUGAGUAAUGUUUUUCAGCACAUCAACUUGGCCUUCUCUGAUCAUUCCAUGAUUGUCCCAUUCAGUUUGUGCAUUCAUUAGGUGCAAGCUACCCAAUGCAUUCAAUGUCAUGAGGAGUUAACAGUGGUCCACCAUGUUUAAUGUAGCCAAAGACAGUUUACUGCAGCUGCAUCAGCCUGCAGAUACUUUUUGAGAAUAUCUUUAGUGAACUGAGCUCUCACACAGCGGCCCUCACUGGGAUAUCACGGAGAAUUGAUCCUUGAAUGCUUGAGGAAGAACUGGACUUUACAGAGAGUGUUCCACUCCUCCCUUCAACCACCCUCCCCCCACCCCCAUCUUCCUGCAACUUGUCCUGGUCUGCACACAGGUCUGGAUUUGUAGCAAAUAUUCCUUCAGCACCUGCCACAGCACCCCCCCCCACCCCACAACAGCAGGAAAUGCCAAACAUAACAAUCGCUAGUGAAGAUUCACCAGUGACCAGCUGGAAGUUGUGGACAAUCCUCUGAAGAGCAUUGCCUGGGAUCCCUUGCUGUCGGUUAACGCGGUGUGAGGUUUAGAGAGAGCAUUAGCUAGAGUGAAGAGCUAGUAACUCUGGUGUCAGGUCAUACCAACUGACAUCAUGAUCUGCCUUCUCCGCACACCUUGUUUCCCUGGUCCAUUUAGUGGGGAUAUUUAUGUUGAAGCUCUCUCUUUAAAACAAGCUCUGGGGUAUUGAGAUUAUGAUGGAAAUAACAUUUUUAAAAUAAAUUACUAUAGUAAAAUUUCCUGUUUAAAAAGGUGUCUGAUGGUGGAACAAGGGGCUUUUAAAUUUAGACCCUAAGUCCUGCCUGCACUGUCUGGGUACGGUUCUCUAUAUGUGUUAGCUAAAGUAGCACAUGCACUGUUGAACUAUGAACAUAAUUGUACUGGGGUAAUGUAAUACAGACAUGUUAUCAGUCUCAGUGACGUAAUCAGCUUUAGUGCAGACUGCAUUCUCAACCUGCUUAAAGCUAUCCCGGCAUUGACGGGGUAGAUCAUGGAAUGUGAGGCCAAGAGCCAGAAUAGGGAAGAGGACAAACAGACAAGUGGUCACUGCCACAGCUACAACCAACUGAAAGGCUAGCAUAGCCUUUCUAGGCAUAGGACCAUUCGGGAAGCUUAUUAAACACUGGCCAAGACCCAUAGUGAUGUGCAAUAAACAUUCACAAGCUGAAAACGAGUUUAAUGGAUAAUGUAAUUGCCAUACAGGAGUGUUUUUUCAAUGGCCUUGUCCAUUGAGUAUCUAUGUAUCCAAUACCUACAGUAUCCGUCUGGUAUCUAUUUUCCCAGUAUCCUGUAUGUAUCUUUCCAAUACCUGGUCUCUUCAUAACUAUGUAAUCAAUAACUAUUUUCUACACUAAUCCCGGAGUUUGGUCUCUUCAACUAUGGAAACCUUUGGUAAUUGGGUCAGCUGUAAUGACCUCUAUUGUGACAUGUGAUCUCCAGUACAAGCAAAUUACACUGACAUGCUGUUAAGUGAAUUUUAAAUGGUUCCAAGUGGUUUUAUCAUUAAAGGAUGUUAUUUAUAGUCUUAUGUGUGUGUCAGU